AUGAAUAACGUCUCUGUAAUAACAAUGUUUUUUCUUUCAGGUUUCACUGAAACAGUGAACUACAGGUUUAUUCUGUUCUUUCUCAGUUUGCUGUGUUACUGCAUCAUUUGCCUGGUGAACAUUUCUCUAAUUGUGACCAUCAUCUUGGACAGCAACCUCCAUGAACCUAUGUAUAUUCUGCUCUGUGCUUUUUGCAUGAAUGGACUUUAUGGGACGACAGGUUUGUACCCCAAAUUUCUCUGGGAUCUCCUCUCUGAUGUUCAUGUUAUCUCAUAUUACGGUUGCCUUAUUCAGAUUCAGAUGGUUUACUCUUUUGCCUGUGGUGAACUGUCGAUUCUUGCACUCAUGGCAUAUGACAGGUAUAUGGCGAUAUGUCAGCCACUGAAGUACCACUCUAUCAUGUCAAAGCAAAGAGUCAUUAGGUUAGUGUGUUUUUCUUGGUUAACAACUUUCUGCAUUAUGGCCAUAAAUACUUUUCUGACAUCUAGAUUGAUGUUAUGCAGCCCAUAUAUUUCCAGACUCUUCUGUGUGAACUGGAGUAUUGUGCAACUUGCUUGCUUUCCAGAACAAACUGCAAUUAAUGGCAUAGUUGCAAACAUUACAAUAAUUAUUUAUUUCCUUCAUGGUGCUUUUAUAUUUUGGUCCUACAUGUAUAUCAUUAAAACAUGUGUCAAUUCUAUUGAAAACAGAGCAAAGUUCACGCAAACAUGUGUCCCACAUCUAGUCUCAUUAUUUACUUUUGUUGUGACUAUACUCUUGGAUGUUACAAAUAUGCGCCUUGGUUCAAAAGAGUUACCUCAAACCCUUCAAAACAUUGUGUCAAUAGAGUUUCUUGUGAUACCUCCUAUUAUGAAUCCUCUCAUGUAUGGUUUCAAACUGACCAAAAUUCGGAAACGAAUUUGUGUUAUUUUAAAAACGAAGGUUGACUUUGACAAAGAAGAUAAGAUCCCUAGGCAGAAUGACGGUGUAGAGGACUUUUGGAGAGCUGUCCAGACCACCAAGACACAGUCGAGUUUGGACCCUCUUUCUCAGGCUCUGGACACUCAGGUGGCUCAGGACUCUCAGGCUCUGGCAGGACCCAUUACAAAUCUCUGUGCCAACUAUGGCUUGAACAGGCUGCAGAGACCUGGUGACAGAGACCUGCAGGUGAAGCAGUAG